AUGGCACAUAAAAUUGCAUGUGUUAGAUCGUCCUCAACAGAUCUGAGCAGCGAGGUCUCUGUGUCCCCAAAAACAAAUGGCAUCUGCUCCAACAACAACUCCGACUCCAAGCCAAAGACUGACAUCAGCCUUUACGCAGAGCCAGAGAAAAUAAAGACAAGUGGUUAUCUAAACCUUCUUGCUAACUGCAUUGAUAACUUCACUCAUGGGCUGGCAGUGGCAGGAAGCUUCUUAGUAAGCCGAAAGGUUGGUUUCUUAACAACAUUCGCUAUUCUGCUUCAUGAGAUCCCUCAUGAGGUGGGAGAUUUUGCUAUUCUGCUGCGAGCAGGAUUUGACCGUUGGAAAGCUGCCCGUAUGCAGCUCUCUACAGCGUUAGGAGGAGUCCUGGGGGCAUGUUUUGCUCUUUGCUCCCAAUCACAGAAUGGGGCAGAGAAUGCCACUGCCUGGAUCCUGCCCUUCACCUCAGGUGGCUUUCUAUACAUUGCCUUGGUCAAUGUGGUGCCUGAUCUGCUACAGGAGACCAACCCUAGGAACUCCUUUCUGCAAAUUCUGCUAUUGUUUUGUGGGAUAGCAGUCAUGGCUCUUCUCUCAGUCGUCAUGGACUAGCCACAGGCAAGCACUCCUUUUAUCAAAGGACAUUGAGAGUGCUAACUAGCAUGCUGGAGGACUUAUGGACAAUUCACUCCACUGGUUAUGCUUUAAUUUAGAGAUUUUUGUCACCCUCAAAGACCAUGUGAGGAAAGACCAAUGAAAGAAACAGCCUUGACAAUCAGGUGUUUGAAUGUGUGUCCAUGUGAUUUUAGCCUUAUCCUUCAUACACCUCUGUGUCCGGAUUUAAUUGAAACUGAACUCACGAUGCCUUAUAGGCACCAGCUGAAACUGACGGGAAAUACAGGUUUGUGCAAAUGGUGCUCAGAAAUAACAAUGGUUGUUUUGGCUGAAAUAUGCCAAAACAUUUGCAACUAUUCUGUGUUCUUGUUCAUGUUCCUGCUGGGUGUCAUUGAACUUUCCAAAUCUUUUUUUUUUGUCAAACACAUUUCCAAUGUUAGUAGGUUACAUCAAUGUGAUUUGCUUUAAUUGUAGCAUACUGCACAUGCAGGUUUCACAAGUCAACACUUUAUCCUCUAUUAAGAGAGGCACAUACGCUUACAUAAUCAGAUUUUUGAUGGUCAUCAUAAUUGAGUUUCCUUAAAACUAAUACUGCUUCACUUUCUGUUUAAGUUAAAUAUAUACUCAUUUCACACUUAAUUUGCUCAAGUUAAGACAUAUACACACUUUGCAUGACUACAUAUUCCUAAUUGCACAUCCAUUAAUGAACACUCCUUUUUUCAAACACUUUUGAAAUGCUUAACAGGCCUUAUUUUCUCGUUGUAUUCCUCAAUU